AUGAGUAGCGCAUUAACUGGUGGGAUUACUGCCUUGGGGGGUGCAGCAGCGACAGCAGCAAGUAAUGCCGGGUGGUUUGUUCCAAUGCUUGUCGCCGCACUCGCUUACUUUCAAUAUGAAGAAUUCGUCGAUCCAGAAUCAAAGCCAAUCAACAUUCCUACAGAAGAUCUUCUCAGUGAUUACGAUUUCAUUGUGAUAGGUUCAGGUUCAGCCGGUGCUGUUGUAGCAGCGCGCUUAUCUGAAGUUGAAAAUUGGAAUGUUUUAAUUUUGGAAGCUGGUGGAGAUGAAACAGAAAUUUCUGACGUUCCUUUAAUGGCUGGUUAUUUACAAUUAAGCAAAUUGGAUUGGCAAUAUAAAGCAGAACCUUCUGGAACUUUUUGUUUGGCUAUGAAAAAUGGUCGUUGUAACUGGCCAAGAGGAAAAGUCGUAGGCGGAUCAAGUGUAUUAAAUUAUAUGCUGUAUUUGCGUGGAAAUAAAAGAGAUUACGACUUGUGGGAAGAGAUGGGAAAUUCUGGUUGGUCGUAUAAAGAUGCACUUUAUUACUUUAAGAAAUCCGAGGAUAAUACAAACCCUUAUUUAACGAGCACUCCAUAUCAUUCAUCAGGUGGUUAUUUAACGGUUGGUGAAGCUCCAUAUCAUACUCCACUUGCCGCUGCUUUUGUUGAAGCGGGUGUUGAGAUGGGUUAUGAUAAUCGUGAUAUUAAUGGAGAGAAGCAAACAGGUUUUAUGAUAGCUCAGGGAACAACGAGGCGAGGGAGUCGAUGCUCAACAGCGAAAGCAUUUUUACGACCUGCAAGACUUCGCCCCAAUCUACAUAUAGCAAUGUUUUCUCAUGUUACGAAGAUUCUCAUCGAUCCAAUAACCAAACAUGCUUUCGGUGUAGAGUUUCUUCGCGAUCGUAAAAUGCAUUACGUUCGUGCAAGCAAGGAAGUUAUUUUAUCUGCUGGUGCUAUCAACUCGCCACAUAUACUAAUGUUAUCUGGAAUUGGUCCAAAAGCUGAAUUAGCGAAGCAUAAAAUUCCUUUGAUUAGAGACGCUGCAGUUGGAGAAAACCUACAAGACCACGUCGCACUCGGUGGUUUGACAUUCAUGGUGAACCAAGAAAUUUCAAUUGUAGAAAAUCGAUUUCACACAAUGUCGACUGUCAUGGAAUACGCAGUUUUAGGUCAAGGUCCAUUAACUAUAAUGGGCGGAGUUGAAGGUUUAGCUUUUGUAAACACAAAGUAUGCAAACAGUUCGAAUGAUUUCCCUGACAUUGAGUUCCAUUUUGUUUCCGGGUCUACAAACUCAGAUGGUGGCAGUCAAUUGAGAAAAAUUCAUGGAUUAACAGAAUCGUUUUACAAACGAGUUUUCGAGCCAAUUAACAACAUGGACAGUUGGAGUAUUCUGCCAAUGUUGCUUCGACCCAGAAGUAAAGGUUUGAUUAAGUUAAGAAGCAAUAAUCCAUUUGAUUAUCCAUACAUAUAUCCAAACUAUUUUGUCGAUGAUUUCGACAUGAAGACCUUGGUUGAAGGUGUGAAAAUUGCUGUUGCACUUUCUCGAACUCAAUCCAUGCAAAAAUAUAAAUCAAUGUUGAAUCCAUUUAAAUUCCCUGGUUGUGAACAUAUUCAAAUGUACACUGAUCCAUAUUGGGAGUGUAUGAUAAGACAUUACACUUGCACAAUUUAUCAUCCCGUAGGCACAGCAAAAAUGGGACCAUAUUGGGAUUCAAAGGCUGUUGUUGAUCCACAGUUAAGAGUUUAUGGUGUGACAGGUUUACGUGUUAUUGAUGGCAGUAUAAUGCCUAAUCAAGUUAGUGGAAAUACAAAUGCACCAAUUAUUAUGAUUGGCGAAAAAGGCACCUACGCUGCUUUAAGAAUUUUAUUCAGUUAUGGUCCGGGAUUUUUAAUGUUGAUGUUACUUGAUAGCACCAUUUGGAUGCAAAGACCAGAUAUUGUUGAUUACAAUCAUCGUGUUCAAGAUAUUCCAACACAACACAUUUACAAUGUGUACGAUUUCAUUGUCAUUGGAGGUGGAACAGCUGGAGCAGUAAUGGCUUCAAGGCUUUCAGAAAUAUCUGAUUGGACCGUGCUUUUGAUAGAAGCCGGGCCUGAUGAAACUUAUUUAUCAGAUGUUCCUCUAGUGUUUCCAUCACUUCAACAAUCUGAUCUUGAUUGGAAGUUUCAAACAGAGACAAGUGAAAAUUAUUGUCUAGCAAUGAACAAAGGUCGAUGCAAUUGGCCAAGAGGGAAAGUUUUGGGAGGUUGUAGUGUCCUUAAUGCCAUGUUGUAUGUUCGUGGCAAUCGCAAAGAUUACGAUGAAUGGGAAUCAUUAGGUAAUCCGGGUUGGUCUCAUAAAAACGUAAUUCACUACUUCAAACGACUAGAAAAUAUGCGAAUACCACAUUUGGUUAAUCAUCCAAUGCACGGAACUACUGGUCCAAUGACCUGCGAGUUCUUCCGCUAUUCAUCACCGUUGAGUGAACUUUAUCUUGAAGCUGCUGCUGAAAUAAAUUACCUUAAUCCAAACAAUGAUUACAAUGGUGAAACACAAACGGGUUUCUCUCGGUCACAAGGAACUAUUCGUGACGGUCUACGUUGUAGCACAGCCAAAGCUUAUCUUAGACCUGUCAAACAUCGAGAAAAUUUGCAUAUCUCUUUGAACUCUCAUGUGGAAAAGAUUUUGAUAAAUCCCAAGACAAAAGAAGCUUAUGGCGUACUUUUUUCGAAAGAAAAUAAAAAGUAUGCUGUAUUUGCAACAAAGGAAGUUAUCUUAUCAGCCGGUGCUAUUCAAUCGCCACAAAUAAUGAUGAUAUCGGGUGUUGGACCUAAAGCGCACCUUGAAGAAAAUGAAAUUGAAGUUAUUCAUGACGCACCUGGUGUUGGCGAAAAUCUUCAAGAUCAUAUUGCGUCAGGUGGGGGAAAUUAUUUAAUAACGAAUCCCGUUUCGAAUGAUUCACUUAGCAUUAUUGUACCGAAAGUUAUGCAAGUUGAUUCGAUUCGUAAUUUUGCUUUUCAUCAACGUGGUCCAAUGUAUGCGAUGCCAGCUUGUGAAAUAAUGGCAUUUAUUAACACAAAAUAUCAAGACCCGAUUGAAGACCGACCGGAUGUUCAAUUGUUUUUAGCAUCGUUUGCUGACAGCUCAGACGGUGGAUUAUUUGGCAAACGAGCGUCUGGCCUAUCCAAUGAUUAUUAUGCUGAAGUUUACGAACAAAUACUUUUUAAAGAUGCUUUUAUGAUUCUUCCGCUUUUAUUGAGACCACAGAGUAGAGGAAAAGUUUUACUCAGAGAUAAAGAUCCAUACUCGCAUCCACUGAUUUAUCCAAAUUAUUUCGACCAUCCAAGAGAUCUCGAAAUUAUGAUUGAGGGAUCGAAGUUUGCUUAUAAAUUGACUCAAACAAAAAUCUUCCGUCCACUUAACGCUACAAUGAAUCCAAAUGUUCCACCCGCAUGCGAAAAAUUUACAAAGUUAUCUGACGAGUUUUGGGCAUGUUUAGCACGACAAUACACGCAAACUAUUUAUCAUCCAGUUGGAACAUUGAAAAUGGGACCAGAAACUGAUCCAAUGGCAGUUGUUGAUCCAAAACUUCAAGUUUAUGGAAUUGAUAAGUUGAGGGUUGUCGAUGCAAGUAUAAUGCCAAAGAUAGUGUCUGGAAACACAAACGUUCCAGUCAUGAUGAUCGCUGAGAAAGCAUCAGACAUGAUUAAGAUAAAACAUUUGGGAAUUAAAACUGAAAAGAAAUUCACCAGCGAUGCUAAAGAACAAAAUCAGCAUAAAGAGAAAUUCAAGAAGAUGGAGUUCUUACCAGAACAAUGUGCAGCGAGUAGUGUUGGUGCUGCAAAUGGAUUAUUUGGUAUUUUAAUUAAUACUCUGAUUGCUGCACAAUGUGCAUUGUCUUCACCGGAUCGAUGGCCGAAGGAUUAUGGCCCAACAGCUUUAGAAAAAGGUUUAGAUGAAUAUGAUUUUAUUAUUGUUGGAGCUGGUUCAGCUGGCAGUGUCGUCGCUAAUCGUUUAACAGAAAAUGAAGAUUGGAAAGUUUUACUUAUUGAAGCAGGUGGUGAUCCACCAGUCGAAAGCGAGAUACCGGGAACAAUGAUGUCUAUGCAAAAGUCAGAAAAUGAUUGGGGAUAUUAUAUUGAGAAAACUGAUAAAGCGAGCUUAAGCUUUCCAAAGGGAACAUAUUGGCCGAGAGGAAAGAUGCUUGGCGGUACUUCAUCAAUAAACGCGAUGAUGUAUAUCAGAGGAAAUCGAAAAGAUUACGAUACAUGGGAAGAAUGGGGUAAUCCAGGAUGGGCCUACAGACAUGUCUUAAAAUACUUUAAGAAAUCAGAAUCCAACAGACUCGCUGAUGAAGAAGAAUUCAAAGGUUUUCAUGGCAAAGACGGAUUAAUGGAAGUCGAUUAUUUCUUCAGUUUCGAUCCAAUCAAAGAUAUGUUGGUUGAAGUUGUAAAGGAACUUGGAUUUAAUCUUGUAUCUGAUCCAAACGCUGAAGAUCAAAUGGGCUUCACUUUCUUGCAAGGAACUGUUAGUUACGGUCAUCGAGUCAGCACAGCGAAAGCCUUCCUUUCACCAACAACAAACCGAACAAAUCUACAUGUAAUUAAGCAUGCCCAAGUGACCGAUGUUAUUAUUAACAAAAAAGGUGUUGCUGAAGGAAUAAACGCAAUUGUCAAUGGAAAGAAAAUAAAAGCAAAAGCAAAGAAAGAAAUUAUUUUGUCUUCUGGUGUCGUUGGCAGUCCUCAAAUUUUAUUACACUCAGGUGUUGGACCUAAAGAACACUUGAAGUCACUUGAUAUUAAAGUAAAGAAAGAUUUGCCUGUCGGCAGAAAUCUUCAAGAUCAUCAAAUUGUCUUCGUUCCAUUGAAACUUCACAAGACACAUGCACAACCGAUCCCAGAAAGCGAUGUUUUUGAUAACAUCUACAUGUAUUUAACGAAUGGUGUUGGAGCUCUAAGCCAUUUAGGUGUAGCAGAUUUCACAGGCUUUGUACACACGCAAAACAGAAGCAACGAAUACCCUGAUAUCCAAUUUCAUUACUUUCAAUAUCGCAUGGGUGAAGAGAAAAAACUUAAUUACGUUUUGAACAACUACGGUUAUGAUGAGCACGUGAGAAAGUCGUUAUUGUCUGGGAUUAAAAAGUCGGAAUUAUUAAUGGUAAUGGUUCUCUUAAUGAAACCAGAGUCGAGAGGAAAAAUCGAAUUAACAAGUAAAGAUCCACUUGAAAAGCCAGUGAUAUACGGAAAUUACUUGGAAGAACAGGAAGAUGUUGACACUCUGAUUCGUGGUGUUAACGUUGUGAAGCGAAUGAUUCACACAAAAAAAGCUAAACAACACGAAGCUGAAUUGCUUCAAGUUGAUCUUCCGGGAUGUUCUCAAUUUGAAUUUGAUAAGCCAGGUUAUUGGGAAUGUUAUGUAAGGCACAUGUCAACAACUGGUUACCACCCAACAAGCACUUGUAAAAUGGGACCAGACAGUGACCCUGAAGCUGUUGUGGAUGCGCGGUUGAAAGUGAAAGGAAUCAAAGGACUUCGUGUUGUUGAUGCAAGCAUAAUGCCAGAUAUUAUCAGUGGUAACACAAACGCACCAACAAUAAUGAUUGUUCGAGCAAUCAAAAUAAAUAAUUACUUUGUUGUUGAAAUUAAUCAAAUUGUUUUUUCUUUCAUCAUAAAAUCAAUUUUAAGUGUUGUUCAUUUCAUUCCAUUGAGAAAAAUCAAAGCCUUGAAUAAAUUUAAUUUCUUUUCCUUUCAGAUUCCAUUUUUAUUCCCAGCAUCAUUUAACAAUUCUAACUCAUGGAAUAAUUUUGCUGAGAUAACAACGAAAGCUAGCAAAGGAUACAAAAACGGAUGUUAUUGGCCAACAGGGAAGUUAUUGGGUGGUUCAAGUUCCAUCAAUGCAAUGCAGUACAUAAGAGGCAAUCGAAGAGACUUUGACACUUGGGAAAAACUUGGCAACCCCGGUUGGGGAUAUGAUGAAGCUUUAAAAUAUUUUAUGAAAUCGGAAGGAAACCAAAAUUCUUGGCUUAUUGAACAUUCAAAAGGAAAAUAUCAUAACCAUUAUGGACCUUUAAAAGUUGAUGCAUUUAAUAGUGUGGAAUCACUUAAAACUGUUAUAUAUGAAGCUGCUUUUGAGCUUGGCUAUGUCGAACAAAUGGAUGUUAACACUGAUGGUGAUCACAUUGGUUUCGUGACAACACAGGGAACUGUUUAUGGUGGUGAACGACACAGCACUGCAAAAGCUUUUCUUAAUCCAAUAAAGAAAAGAAAGAACUUACACAUUAUUAAACACGGACUUGUCACUGAAUUGAUAAUGAACGGAAAUGAAGUUGAAGGCGUGAGAUUAGAAAUCAAUGGAAAGAAGCUUGAAGCGAAAGCUAGGAAAGAAGUGAUUUUGUCUGCUGGCGCUCUUGGAACACCCAAAAUCUUAAUGCUGUCAGGAAUUGGAAGAGAAAAAGAUCUUAAGAAGCAUAACAUUGCAGUUGUUAAAGAUCUUGCAGUUGGAUACAAUUUACAAGACCACGUCAUGGUGCCAGUGACUUUCCAAUUUCAUAAGACAACAGCAAACGAUCAUUCACCAAAAGAUAUUUCUGAUUCAUUAUUUUCAUAUUUAAAACAUCGCGUUGGACAAUAUGCCACAACUGGUCAUUCUGAUCUUUCUGGGUUUAUCAACGUAGCUGAUAAGUCAUCAGAAUAUCCCAACAUUCAGUACAUAUUUAUGGGACAAGCUAAGAAAAUGAUUGGCUAUCGUACAGCACUUGAAAAUUUGGGUUUGAAUGAUGAUUUCAUUACACAAUAUUUAAAGGCAAAUGAAGAAGCUGAGACUGUUACGACAGGCGUUAUAUUAUUGAAUCCCAAAUCAAGAGGAAAUUUAAAACUUCGAAGUAAAGAUGUCAAAGAUCCAUUAAUCAUUAGAUCUGGCUAUCUAGAUGAAGAAGAAGAUGUUGACACGUUGCUGAAAGGAAUGACUGCAAUUUUGAAAUUACUCAAUACAAGAAAUUUCAAAAUUCACGAAGGUGUUUUAUUCAGAUUUAAGAUACCAGAAUGCGAUCAAAAUGGAUAUUACUCGGACUAUUAUUGGAAGUGCUACAUAAGUUAUUUAUCAUCAACACUUUAUCAUCAAGCUGGUACUUGUAAAAUGGGACCAUCAACUGAUCAAGACGCAGUUGUCGAUCCUCGAUUAAAGGUUUACGGCAUUAAAGGCUUAAGAGUUGUUGAUGCAAGUGUUAUGCCACUGGUGAGGCGAAUGAAAUUCGAAUGUCUUUCGUUUCAAUUUGUUCAACGAACACCUCGUUCAUCUUCAAAUCAUACCACAAGUAGUUAAAAGAAAAAGUUUGCAAUGGUUGUUGGUAUAUCAGCUGCUGGUUUUGCAGCAACUAAGAUUUUACCAGCAAUUGGAGGUGCUGCAUUAAAAGUUAUUCCUGCAAUUGGAGUAGCAUCGAGUGGAGCAGCUGCUGCUGGGAAAAUUGCGACAACUGUUAGUGCCGGAGUAAAAGCAGCAACAGCAGUUAUUGGUGUAGGGAAAAUUGCGAUUAUUCCUGUUCUUAUCGCAGCUUUAGCAUAUUUUCAUUACGACGUCUUUGACCCAGAAAAUCGACCUUAUAAUGUUAAACAAAUUGAUCAUGAAUACGACUUCAUAGUUGUUGGUUCUGGUUCAGCUGGCGCUGUUGUAGCAAAUCGACUAACAGAAAUUUCAAAAUAUAAAGUUCUUCUACUCGAAGCUGGUGGUCAUGAGACGGAAAUCUCUGACGUUCCAAUAUUAUCGCUUUAUCUGCACAGUAGCAAAUUGGAUUGGAAAUAUAAAACGCAACCACAAGAAACAGCGUGUCAAGCGAUGAAAGAUAAACGGUGCCGAUUUACUCGUGGAAAAGUCUUAGGAGGUUCAUCAGUCCUUAACACAAACCUUUAUAUCAGAGGAAAUAAACGAGACUACGAUUUAUGGGAUGCACUAGGAAACAAAGGAUGGUCGUACGAAGAAGUUCUUCCUUACUUUCGAAAAUCAGAAGAUCAGAGAAAUCCUUAUUUGGCACAAAAUAAACGGCAACACGGAACUGGUGGCUAUUUAACUGUCCAAGACUCGCCAUAUUUGACACCUAUUGGCCCGGCCUUUAUUCAAGCCGGCGAGGAAAUGGGUUAUGAUAUUGUUGACGUCAACGGUGAACAACAGACUGGCUUCGCUUUUUUCCAGUUCACACAACGUCGUGCUUCACGUUGCAGUGUAGCGAAGGCAUUUUUAAGACCGGUGCGAUUGCGUAAAAAUUUACAUGUAGCUUUGUUUGCUCAUGUUACAAAAGUAAUAAUGGAUGAGACAGACAAACGUGCACUAGGAGUUGAAUUUAUCAGAAACGGAAAAACACAAAGAGUUUUUGCAAAGCGCGAAGUCAUUUUGUCUGCUGGUGCUAUAAACUCACCGCAGUUAUUAAUGUUGAGUGGAAUCGGACCGAGAGAAGAUUUAGAGCGACUUGGAAUUAAAGUCAUUCAUGAUUCUCCUGGCGUGGGAAGAAAUAUGCAAGAUCAUAUAGCGGUUGGAGGAAUCGUGUUCAGAAUUGAUCAUCCAAUUAGUUUCGUUAUGAAUCGUUUGGUGAAUAUAAACUCUGCUGUUCGUUAUGUAGUUAGUGAAGAUGGACCAUUAACAAGCAAUGUAGGAUUAGAAACUGUUGGAUUCAUAAGCACGAAGUAUGCGAAUCAAUCAGAUGAUUGGCCUGAUAUCGAAUUUAUGUUAACAAGCGCUUCCACUCCGUCAGAUGAACAAUCGAAAGUUGCACAUGGAAUUACUGACGAUUAUUACGACUACAUGUUCAAAGACAUUAAAAACACAGAUAUUUUUGGAGUUUUUCCCAUGAUGUUACGCCCGAAAAGUCGUGGACAUAUCAAGUUACAAUCAAAAAAUCCUCUUCGUUAUCCACUCAUUUAUCACAAUUACCUAACACAUCCCGACGACGUCGCUGUGUUGAGGGAAGGUGUGAAACAUUCAAUUGCUUUCGUGGAGACGCAAGCAAUGAAGAGAUUCGGUGCAAGAUUUCAUGAUCGUCAAGCUCCAAAUUGUAAACAUUUACCAAUGUACACUGAUGAGUACUUUGAUUGCUUCAUUCGACAAUACACGAUGACAAUUUAUCACAUGUCUGGAACGGCAAAGAUGGGAUUGGCUGACGAUCCGUACUCUGUUGUUGAUGAUCAGCUUCGAGUUCAUGGCGUGAAAGGACUUCGAGUUAUCGAUGCAAGUAUCAUGCCGACAAUAACAAGUGGAAAUAUUAAUGCUCCAGUCAUAAUGAUUGGAUUUAUUUCAACAAUUGCUCAAAUAUCAUCAUCGCCAAUUACACUUUUGAGUUUUAUUCCAUUGAUUGCUGUUGGCUUGAACUAUUAUCGUUACUCAAAUGUUGAUCCAGAAUCGGCACCGAUUGACGCUCCUGUUUUAAGGAGACAUUAUGAUUUCAUUGUUGUGGGGGCGGGAUCAGCGGGUGCUGUUGUUGCGUCACGCUUGUCAGAAAUAUCUAAUUGGACAAUUUUACUGCUGGAAGCUGGCGGUGAUGAAACUGAAGUUUCUGACGUUCCAGCUUUAGCUGGUUUUCUACAAUUAACAGACUUAGAUUGGAAAUAUAAAACAAAAGCGAGAGCUGAUCGUGCUUAUUGUGCUGGAAUGAAAAAUGAUCAAUGUAAUUGGCCGAGAGGGAAAGUUUUAGGUGGAUCGAGUGUGCUUAAUGCUAUGGUUUAUGUUCGAGGUAAUAGAAGGGACUACGACAAUUGGGAACAGAUGGGAAACAUUGGGUGGUCGUUCAAAGACGUUUUGCCUUAUUUCAUGAAAUCAGAAGAUAACAGAAAUCCAUAUCUAGCACGAACGCCUUAUCACAGUGAUAAAGGCUUAUUGACUGUCCAAGAAGCACCUUGGCGAACGCCACUUUCAUUGACAUUUAUCAAAGCAGGUCAAGAAAUGGGUUACGAGCAUCGUGACAUUAAUGGAGAAGAACAAACCGGAUUUAUGCUCACACAAUCGACCAUGAGACGUGGUGCACGUUGCAGCACAUCAAAAGCUUUUUUGAGACCUGUUAGAUUGCGUAAAAAUUUGCAUGUUGCGAAAUUUGCACAUGUGAUGAAGAUAUUAAUUGAUCCUAACACAAAACGGGCUUUUGGCAUUGAAUUCGUUAAGGACAAUAAAAGACAAAUGGUAUUUGCGAAAAAAGAAGUCAUAAUGUCAGCGGGGUCAUUGAAUACGCCACAACUUCUCAUGCUUUCUGGUGUGGGACCGGCAAAACAUUUAAGCGACUUUGGCAUUCCAGUUAUUUCUGAUCUCCCAGUCGGAGACAAUAUGCAAGAUCAUGUUGGGCUAGGUGGAUUAACUUUCAUUAUCAAUGAACCAAUUACAGUUACAACAACAAGAUUCGCAAACGUUCCAACAUUUUUCGAAUAUAUUAUGAAUGAACGUGGCCCUAUGACGUUUCCUGGCAUUGAAGGCUUAGCAUUUGUUAAUACAAAAUAUGCUGAUCCUUCUGGUCUUUGGCCUGAUGUUCAGUUCCAUUUUGGUCCAAGUUCAAUCAAUUCCGAUGGUGGAAUGCAUAUUAGAAAAAUUACAAAUUUAAAGGAUUCGCUUUAUAACACGGUUUAUAAGCCAUUGGAGAAAUCUGAGACUUGGACUAUUCUACCACUGCUUCUGCGUCCAAGAAGCACAGGUGUCGUUCGAUUGCAGAGUCGCAAUCCAUUCGUACAGCCACAAAUAGAACCCAACUACUUUUCUUAUAAGGAGGACAUAGCUGUACUGACCGAAGGCAUCAAAAUAGCUAUGAAUGUAUCGAAUACGGCAGCAUUUCAGCGAUAUGGAUCACGGCCCCACACAAUUCCAUUUCCGGAAUGUCGCCACUUACCGUUGUUUUCGGACGAGUAUUGGGAAUGUUCAUUCCGUCAAUUUACAUUUACAAUUUAUCAUCCAACAAGCACAUGUAAAAUGGGCCCAAAUUGGGAUCCCGGUGCAGUUGUUGAUCAUAGACUUCGUGUUUAUGGAGUAUCAGGAUUGCGAGUUAUCGAUGCCAGUAUCAUGCCUAAAAUUAUUAGUGGAAAUCCCAAUGCUCCGGCAAUUAUGAUUGGGGAAAAAGGAGCUGAUAUGGUUAAAGAAGAUUGGGGUGCAUCAUCGCUUAUUGCUUCAACAUUAGGCAUAUUUGGAUCGGGAUUAUGGAUGAUUCCACUUCUUUUAGGGACAAUUUCUUAUUAUCGAUACGACAGAGUCGAUCCUGAAUCUCGUCCCAUUGACCAAAAAGUUCUCCUGCCAGAGUACGAUUACAUAGUCAUUGGAGGCGGUUCAGCUGGAGCUGUUGUUGCAAAUCGACUUACAGAAAAUCCUAAAGUCACAGUUUUACUUUUAGAAGCUGGGCCAGAUGAAAAUGAAAUCACUGACGUUCCUUCGCUUGCAGCAUAUUUGCAAUUGAGUGGCUUGGAUUGGUCAUACAAAACAGAACCGUCGAAAAAUGCUUGUUGGGGUAUGGUUAACAACCGUUGCAAUUGGCCUCGUGGAAAGGUCUUGGGUGGAUCAAGCGUGCUUAAUUACAUGAUUUAUGUUCGUGGCAAUAAGAAUGAUUUUAAUCAUUGGGCUGAGAUGGGUAACCAUGGAUGGGAUUAUAAAAGUGUUUUACCUUACUUUUUGAAAUCUGAGGAUAAUAGAAAUCCGUAUUUAGCAAGGUCACCUUAUCAUAAAUCUGGGGGAUAUUUAACAAUACAAGAAGCUCCAUGGCAUACACCCUUGGUUGCGGCUUUCGUCGAAGCUGGCACAGAGUUGGGCUACGAAAACCGCGAUAUUAACGGAGAAAAACAAACUGGUUACAUGAUUGCGCAAGGAACAAUAAGAAGAGGUAGCCGGUGUUCAACAGCGAAAGCAUUUCUGAGACCAAUCAGAUUACGACCAAACUUUCAUUUAGCGUUAAAUGCUUUUGUGACAAAAGUUGAAAUUGAUCCAGUAACAAAACGAGCUUGGGGUGUGGAAUUCGUUCGAAAUAAUCGCAAACAGAUAAUAAGAGCGAGACGUGAAGUGAUAUUGUCGGCUGGUGCAAUCAACACACCGCAAAUAAUGAUGUUGUCGGGUGUGGGGCCACGAGAGCAUUUAGAACAAAUGAAAAUUCCCGUAAUUAAAGAUUUGCCAGUUGGAAAUAAUCUCAUGGAUCAUCUUGGUUUUGGUGGUUUAACUUUCAUUGUUGAAAAACCUGUUUCUAUUUUACAAAAUCGAAUACAAGCAGCAACAGCCACGACAGAAUAUGUUUUAAAUGAACGGGGUCCGAUGACAGUGCUAGGAGGCCUUGAGGGCAUUGCAUUUGUUAACACACCCUUCGCUAAUCAUACGAAAGACUGGCCAGACAUUCAAUUUCAUAUGGCGCCAGCUUCUAUAAACUCUGACAGCGGCGCUCAAGUUUGGAAAAUUUUAGGACUAAGAGAAGAUUUGUACAGAGAAAUGUGGCAACCGAUUCAAGAUAAAUACACGUGGACUAUUAUGCCACUUCUUUUACGACCAAGAUCGCGAGGUUGGGUUAGAUUACAAUCGAAAAACCCAUUUAAAGCACCAUUAAUGGAUCCAAAUUACUAUGCUGAUCCAUAUGACGUUGCGACAAUGGUUGAAGGCGCUAAAAUUGCAUUGAGAACAGCAAAUGCAAAAGUAUUUAAACAGUUUGGCUCUCAUCUUUAUCAACGUCCAUUACCAAAUUGUAAACAUCACAAAUUUUUAUCUGAUGAGUACUUAGAAUGUGGAAUAAGAACAGUUUCAAUGACAAUUUAUCAUCAAUGUGGAACAGCAAAAAUGGGACCAGAAUAUGACCCUGAAGCUGUUGUUGAUCCACGUUUGAAAGUUUAUGGAAUUAAUAACCUUCGGGUCAUUGACGCUAGUGUUAUGCCUCAAAUAGUUAGCGGUAACACAAAUGCAGCAGUAAUUAUGAUUGGUGAAAAAGGAGCUGAUAUGGUAAAAGAAGAUUGUUUGCAACAAACUAGUAACUAUUCUGUCAUUGACAUGAUACAAACUUUUCUAUAUCGAGGUGGAAAGCAAUUGGAAAAGGAAUUUCCCGAUAAGAUUGAUUUAAAAAGUGAUUACGAUUUUAUUGUGAUUGGUGCGGGAUCUGCUGGUUGUGCCGUGGCAAGUCGUUUAUCAGAAAAUCCUGAAUGGAAAGUUCUUCUCAUUGAGGCAGGUCCAAAAGAGAACCUUUUAAUGGAUGUUCCAAUGAUGGUGCAUUAUCUACAAGGUUACAAUAUCAACUGGGGUUACAAAACUGAAAGAAGUGAAAGAUCAUGUUUGGCAAUGAACAAUAACCAAUGCAAUUGGCCGAGAGGGAAAGUAAUGGGUGGCUCAAGUGUACUUAACUACAUGAUUUACACUCGUGGUAAUCGAAGGGAUUAUGAUAAUUGGGCAGCUUUGGGAAAUCCUGGAUGGGACUUUAAAAAUGUUUCCAAAUAUUUCCGGAAACUUGAAAAUAAUAUAGCGGCUGGCAUCACACCCGAUUAUCAUGGAAAGCAUGGACCAGUGACGAUAUCAAGUGUAAAAUAUAAAACUACUGUCGCAAAGGCUUUCGUUGAUGCUGGGCUUGAAAAAGGAUUUCCUUACAUUGAUUACAAUGGCCCGCAGCAAAUCGGAUUUUCCUUUCUACAAACUACAACAAAAAAUGGAACAAGACAGAGUACAAACGUUGCUUAUCUCUAUCCCAUAUCAAAUCGAAAAAAUCUACAUGUAAAAAGAAAUAGUCACGUGGUGAAGCUUCUGAUAGAUGAAAACAAAAAAGCUUAUGGUGUGAAGUUUUUUUCAGGUGGACGAGUUUACAGUGUGAAUGCAAAAAAAGAGAUUAUUAUAUCAGCUGGCGCUAUAAAUACACCACAAAUAUUAAUGCUUUCUGGUAUUGGUCCAAAGAAACAUUUAAAACAAUUAGGAAUUGAAACAAUUAUGAAUUUAGCUGUUGGAUAUAAUUUGAUGGAUCAUACAGCAACUGGAGCGUUAACUUUUACUGUAAAUACAACAACUUUGAGUCAAUCAGAUAUUUUAGAUGUAAAACAUUUUAAGACGUUCACAAGAGAAUUAGAUGGACCACUAAUAUUAGCUGGUGGAGUUGAAAGUGUAGCAUUUAUUGACACUGAAAGACCAAAUGAUCCCGAUGGAUAUCCAGACUUAGAACUGAUGCAGCUUGCUGGGGGAUUGAAUUCAGAUCCAGUUUUUAAAAGAAAUUUUGGAAUACGUGAUGAUGUUUAUAAUGAAACAUUUGGAUCGCUUGGAGAAAAGCAUGAAAACUUUAUGGUAUUUCCAUUAGUUCUAAGACCAAAAAGUCGUGGAAGAAUAAAGUUGAGAUCAAAUAAUCCUUUCGCUCAUCCAAUUAUAUUGCCUAAUUAUUUCAGUGAGCAUUACGACAUUGAGAUUUCAAUUCGAGGUAUACGAAGAAUGAUUGACUUGCUUGACACGGACGCAUUUCGAAAGUUGAAUGCUGAAAUUUACAAAGCGCCAGUGUCAGGAUGUAAAAAUUACGAGUUCAACAGCGAUGCAUAUUGGGAAUGCUACACGAGACAUUUCACGUUCACAAUAUAUCAUCAUUGUGGAACAGCAAAAAUGGGGCCGGCGACAGAUAAACGAGCGGUUGUUGAUCCGACCUUAAAGGUUUAUGGCAUUGAAGGGUUGCGAGUGGCUGACGCAAGCAUUAUACCUGAAAUCAUCUCUGAGGUGCGCUAUUUUAAUGAAUAUGAUUUCAUAAUUGUUGGAUCGGGACCAGGCGGCAGUGUUUUGGCGAAUAGAUUGACCGAAAACCCAAAUUGGAAUGUCCUACUCAUCGAAGCCGGUAAAGUCGAGACUUUUAUUCAGGAAGUUCCAGUUUUGGCAGCUUAUAUGCAAUCGACAGCUUAUAAUUGGGGUUUUGUGUCAGAGUCUCAAACUGGAUCAUGUUUAGGGAUGGAAAGUCAAAGGUGUGCCUUCCCUAGGGGAAAAGCUUUGGGCGGUACAAGCGUCAUAAAUUAUAUGAUCUACAAUCGUGGGAAUAAAAAUGAUUUCGAUCGUUGGGCAGCAGCAGGAAACACUGGAUGGUCAUGGGCAGAAGUUCUUCCUUAUUUUUUAAAAUCAGAAAGAUCUCAACUUGAAAAUUUACAAAAUUCUAAAGCACACAACCGCAAAGGUCUUCUUAAUGUUGAAUUUAACCGUGAAAGGACUCUUCUUGCAAAAGGUUUUAUGAAAGCAAACCAACAACUUGGCGCCAAAGAAGUCGAUUAUAACUCAGGGCAACAGCUUGGGGUAUCAUUUUUACAAGCAAACACUAUUCGAGGUCGAAGACAUUCUGCUUUUAAAUCGUUUCUUGAACCUUUUCUUGAACGUUCAAAUCUUCACAUCAUGGUGAAUACAAGAGUUACAAAAAUUCUCAUCGAUGCAAAUACAAAAACUGCAUAUGGAGUUGAAAUGAUUCGUAAUCGAAAGAAACUUCACGUCAAAUCAAGAAAAGAAGUUUUUCUUUCUUCUGGAACUUUUUCAUCACCUCAACUUUUAAUGCUCUCAGGUGUUGGAAUGAAAAGUGAUUUAUCGAAAUUUGGCAUUCCCGUGAUUAAAGAACUUCCAGUUGGAAAAAUAAUGUAUGAUCAUCCGAGCUUUCUCGGGCCUACAUUUGUUGUUAAUACAACAGGUCAUUCAUUAAAUACCGAUCGUGCAUUACAUCCGAGAACUGCAAUUGAAUAUAUAAAGGGUCAAGGUGUGCUGACGAUUCCAGGCGGCGUUGAAGCAUUGAGCUUUAUAAAAACAAAAACAAACAAUAGUCGUGGUGCUGAUGUACCCGACGUGGAAUUAAUUUUUGUUUCCGGAGGUUUUCAUUCUGAUCAAGGAGCUGGAAUUGCCCGAGGCAUGAGAUUAAGAACAGAUAUUUACAAUAAAAUGUUUAAAGAGUUGGAAGACACGAGUAUCGAUACAUUCUCAAUCAUGCCGAUGUUAUUUCAUCCCAAAUCAGUUGGUUAUUUGGAGUUAAGAAGCGCAAAUCCAUUUCAGUGGCCUAAAUUUUAUCACAAUUUUUUUACAAAUCAAGAUGAUGUUGAAACUCUUUUGGAAGGUAUAAAGUUCUCUCUUAAACUCGGCCAAAGCCGUGCAUUUCAAAAACUUGGCGCUAGACUUCAUUCAGUUCCGCUGCCUACAUGCGCUCACAUACAUUUUGGAUCAGAUAAUUAUUGGCGGUGUGCAAUUCGUAGUAUAUCAAGUACAUUGCAUCAUCAAGUUAGCACGUGCAAAAUGGGACCUUCAAGUGAUUCAACAGCUGUUGUUUCACCAGAACUCAAAGUUCACGGAAUAAACAGAUUACGUGUCGUUGACACAAGCAUCAUUCCAGAACCACCGACUGCUCACACCAAUGCCGCAUCAUUCAUGAUUGGCGAAAAAGCAGCUGAUAUGGUGAAGCGCCAGUGGGAACGAACACGCCGCAGCACAAACAUGGGAAAAAUAGUGUUUGGAUCAUACAAUGAACAUAUUGAAAAACCGCAAUACUUCGAAAGAUACGAUUUUAUUAUUGUUGGUUCAGGUCCAGGUGGUUGUGUAUUGGCUAACCGCCUUACAGAAAACCCAAAGUGGAAUGUACUGUUGAUUGAAGCUGGCGACGUCGAGACACCACUUCAGAGUGUUCCGGUUGGGGCACCUUACUCAGUUUUUUCAAAAUAUAAUUGGGGAUAUAAUGCUGAACCACAAAUUGAAGCUUGUCUAGGCCGAGAAGAUAACAGAUGCAGUUACCCACGCGGUAAAGCUUUAGGUGGCUCAAGCGUCAUUUAUUUCUUAAUUCAUACUCGCGGGAACAAAAGAGAUUUUGACAGAUGGGCCGAAGCGGGCAAUUAUGGAUGGAGCUAUGAUGAAGUUUUACCAUAUUUCAUGAAAUCAGAAAAGGCGAAUUUAGGCCGUUAUAACGACUCGCCAUAUCAUAAUAAAAGCGGACCAUGGAGUGUGUCACUCAAUACGAUGAGAACACCACUUGCCAAAACGUUCGUCCAAGGAAAUAAAAUGAUGGGAAUGAACGAAAUCGAUUAUAAUGGCGAUAAACAAAUUGGUGUUUCAUAUGUCCAAGCUAACACAUUAAAUGGUCGACGACAUUCAGCUUAUCGUGCUUUCCUUGAGCCGGUUUUACAUCGACCUAAUCUUCACAUCAUGAUCAAUACAAGAGCCACAAAAAUUCUCAUAAAUCCUGAGACAAAAAUUGCAUACGGUGUUGAAUUUGUGAGGGAUCGUAAAAAAUAUCGCAUGAUUGCGAAACGUGAAGUGAUUUUGUCAUCAGGGACAUUUCAUUCGCCACAAUUACUGUCAUUAUCAGGCAUUGGAUUAAAGCAAGACUUAAGGAGAAUUGGCAUUCCAUUGAUUCAAGAUUUGCCUGUCGGACGCAACAUGCACGAUCACAUAACAUUUGCCGAAUUGACUUUUGUUACAAACGUUACUAACGAAAUCGGUUUCAUGUCCUACGUCAACACUGUUUUCGAAUUUAUGCAAGGCACCGGUUUGAUGACAUUGCCUGCUGGUGUUGAAGGUUUGGGAUUCAUUAAAACACCUACGAAUAACAGUCGUGGACGAGAUGUUCCCGAUAUUGAACUUGUGUUUACGGCGGGAAGUGUCAACGCUGAUGGUGGUUUUGGAAUAAUCAACGGUGGACGGAUGAGACGUGAUAUCUACGACAAAGUUUAUAAGCCGCUUGAAGGCACCAAAUAUUACACUUUCUUAAUCUCAUUGAUGCUUUUUCAUCCGAAAUCGGUUGGACAUGUCAAAAUACCAAACGCAGACCCUUUUGGACAUCCAAAGCUUUACGGAAACCUCUUCAGUGAACCAGAUGACAUUGAAGCACUACUACAUGGCGUCAAAUAUGUUUUAAAAUUAACAAAGACAGAGCCAUUUCAAAAGAUCGGAGCUCGUAUUCACGCCAUUCCAUUGCCAGAUUGCGCACACAUUAAUUAUGGAUCAGACGAUUAUUGGCGUUGUGCAAUUAAACUUAUGUCGUUUUCUAUUUUGCAUCAAGUGGGUACAAAUAAAAUGGGUCCAUCAAAUGAUCCAACUGCUGUUGUUUCACCUGAACUUAAGGUUCAUGGUAUACAAAAGCUUCGAGUAGUUGAUACGAGUAUAAUUCCCGAAGCACCCACUGCACAUACAAAUGCUUUAUCAGUUAUGAUUGGUGAAAAAGCAGCCGAUUUAAUAAAAAAUGAAUGGCGAGGAAAGUGAGAUUAAUUUAACUAGUCACGUAAAAAAUAGUUAACGAUGUAAAAUUUAAUGUAAAUACUUAGUCUACGUUCAAUUGAUAAGGGGUUACAAAAAAUAAUGAAUAAUUAAUACUAAGAAUGAUUCGUCAGUGAUGUAAAAUUUUAAUUUUAUUUUACUUUAAGUGAAAAAAGGGUUCAAAUAUCACAAAACAUUAUUUCCAGUUGAAUCUGAAAGGAUACUUGUGAUUCCCUGUUUAUGAGUGAAAUAUGUUGUAGCAUAAUUUUCUCAUUUUGUGAAAUAAAAAACCGUAAACAAGAAAAUACUAAGCAUGGAGGGAUUUCACUUCUUUUCGUGAAUGAAAAUAAUCUUUGCUAUCCAGGAGGUUGUGAAAGUGCUAUCAAAUCAUUAAUAUGAGGGUGGUAGAAGUGCUUCUCUACUUCUUACUUGAUAUUUACUUUUUCUCCCCCAAUCAUAACGGAAGAGAUAUAUGAUUUCAACAGUGGAUUGAGAGAGGAAAUUUAAUAUCUUUAAUAUUUCAU